AUGGCGUCCAACGACAUCUCAUUCGAGCUUAAGAACCCCAACCUCCUACAAACCGAGGGCUACGUACAUGGGAAGUGGCAACCUGGUGUGCACAACGGACGGUUCGACAUUCAAGAUCCUGGAAAUGCCAAGGUAGUUGCCUCAUGCGCCAAUUACGGACUAGACGACAUUGAGGCCGUUGUCAAAUCGAGCCACGAGGCAUUCCAAACAUACCGACACGAGAACCCACGCUCCCGCGCUCAGAAGCUGCUGGAAUGGCAUCGACUCAUCUCGGAAAACAAGGAGGACUUGGCUACUAUCCUCACACACGAGACGGGCAAGCCGCUUGCCGAGGCUCGUGGCGAACUUGACUAUGCCCUUGGCUUCACCUGGUGGUUUGCUGGCGAGGCAGAAAGGGUCAGGGGCAAUGUCAGUGUGCCGUCGGCCCCCAAUCGUCGUGUUAUUGUCAUCAAACAGCCGAUUGGGGUGUGUGUGGCAUUGGUUCCCUGGAAUUUUCCUGUUGCCAUGAUCCUACGCAAGGCGGGAGCAGCAUUAGCGGCUGGUUGCACAUUCAUCGCCAAACCGUCCCCGGAGACACCGUUGUCCUGUCUGGUCCUGGCGCGGCUGGCUUCCAAGGCCGGAUUCGCACCAGGCGUCUUCAAUGUUAUACCCACUUCCUCUAGCAACACUCCGGGAGUAGCAGAGGCCCUAUGCAAGCAUCCUCUAGUCAAGAAGGUAUCAUUUACUGGCUCGACGAGCAUUGGGAGAUUGAUUGCACGCCACUGUUCUGAAGGAGUUAAGAAACUAUCCUUGGAACUAGGCGGCAAUUGUCCCUUCAUAGUCUUUGACGACUGCAAUGAAACCCAAGCCCUAGAUGCUCUCAUGGCGUUGAAAUGGCGCCAUGCCGGUCAAGCAUGCGUCACCGUCAACAGAUUGUAUGUCCAAGCUGGGAUUUAUGAAAAAUUCAUUAAGAAGCUCGUGGAGAGAACAGGGACUCUCAAGCAAGGUCACGGAUUGGAUCCCCAAACCACAAUUGGACCACUUACCACACCUCGUGGUGUAGAGAAGGCACAGGCUCAUGUGGACGACGCCGUGCAAGCCGGUGGCAAAGUUGUGCUUGGUGGGCAACGUGUUGAGGGGCCAGGAUUCUUCUUCCAACCAACAAUCAUUCGAGAUGCUUCACCAUCAAUGCUCAUCAGUCACGAAGAGACCUUUGCUCCAGUCCUCGCCGUCUAUCGGUUCUCAACCGAGAAUGAAGUGGUACAACAGGCGAAUAACACUAGUAUGGGUUUAGCAAGCUAUUUCUUCACUAAAGAUAUUGAUCGAACUUGGAGACUUCUGGAAAAUCUGGAAGCUGGUAUGAUAGGGAUAAAUUCGGGAAACUCAUCGGCAGCCGAGUCACCUUUUGGCGGUAUGAAGCAGUCUGGAUAUGGCAAGGAAUCUGGAAAAGACGUCGCCCUUGAGGAAUAUCUAGUUUCCAAGACUGGCACGCUAACGUUAGAAGGACAAUAUUAG